AAAGUAACACUUGUGGUGAUUGGAGACCUGUGCCUGCCUGUUCCAUUCCUACACCUCGUCAUCUCACCACACCCUUCACUUCACCUUACACUCUCCUCCGGCCCAGGAACUGAAGCUACAAAGAAGGAAGAGAAGGGAGAAGAGAAAGAGGAAACUAAGAAUUCCCAGCCCAACCCCAAGCUCCAUAUCCAGUGCAACGAACAGUCUGGUUGGAACACGCUCCAUCUCCCGCUCCAGCCUCCACUCCGGCCCCCAUUUCGGCUCCAGCCUCGCAUCGAGUUCUGGUCCUCAAUCCUCCGGGUUGCAUCCUCCCUCCCGUUCCUGCCCUCCGCCAGCUCCCGCUCCGGGAUUGAGUAGCCGGACCCUCAAGGCAUGGCUGGUCCCUUCUCUCGUCUGCUGUCCGCCCGCCCGGGGCUCAGGCUCCUGGCUUUGGCUGGAGCUGGGUCUCUAGCCGCUGGGUUUCUGCUCCGCCCGGAACCUGUAAGAGCCGCCAGUGAACGACGAAGGCUGUAUCCCCCGAGCGCUGAGUACCCAGACCUCCGAAAGCACAACAACUGCAUGGCCAGUCACCUGACCCCAGCAGUCUAUGCCCGGCUCUGCGACAAGACCACACCCACUGGUUGGACGCUAGAUCAGUGUAUCCAGACUGGCGUGGACAACCCCGGCCACCCCUUCAUCAAGACUGUGGGCAUGGUAGCUGGAGAUGAGGAGACCUAUGAGGUAUUUGCGGAGCUGUUUGAUCCUGUGAUACAAGAGCGACACAAUGGAUAUGACCCCCGAACAAUGAAACAUACCACUGACCUGGAUGCCAGCAAGAUACGUUCUGGCUACUUUGAUGAGAGGUAUGUAUUGUCCUCAAGAGUCAGAACUGGCCGAAGUAUCCGUGGACUCAGUCUUCCUCCAGCCUGCACUCGGGCAGAGCGACGAGAGGUGGAACGUGUUGUAGUAGAUGCACUGAGUGGCCUGAAGGGUGACCUGGCUGGACGUUACUAUCGGCUCAGUGAGAUGACUGAGGCUGAACAGCAGCAGCUUAUUGAUGAUCACUUCCUAUUUGAUAAGCCUGUGUCCCCAUUGUUGACUGCAGCAGGAAUGGCUCGAGACUGGCCAGAUGCUCGUGGGAUCUGGCACAACAACGAGAAGAGCUUCUUGAUCUGGGUGAAUGAGGAGGAUCAUACAAGGGUCAUCUCUAUGGAGAAGGGUGGCAACAUGAAGAAAGUGUUUGAAAGAUUCUGUCGAGGCCUCAAAGAGGUGGAGCGGCUGAUCCAGGAACGUGGCUGGGAGUUCAUGUGGAAUGAGCGUUUGGGAUACAUCUUGACCUGUCCGUCUAACCUGGGCACUGGACUUCGGGCAGGAGUGCACAUCAAACUGCCUCUGCUAAGCAAAGAUAGCCGCUUCCCAAAGAUCCUGGAGAACUUAAGGCUCCAGAAACGUGGUACUGGAGGAGUGGACACAGCUGCCACAGGCAGCAUCUUUGACAUCUCUAAUUUGGACCGACUGGGCAAGUCAGAGGUGGAGCUGGUGCAGCUGGUCAUCGAUGGCGUGAACUAUUUGAUUGAUUGUGAACGGCGUCUGGAGAGAGGCCAGGAUAUCCGCAUCCCUCCUCCUCUUGUCCACAAUAAGCAUUAAAUCCCCCUCCCCAGAAGAUGACUCAAGAUCCCCAAGACUUCUGCUUGUUCUAAUGUGGCCCAUUCUACUUGCCUUGGAUGCCCCCAACUCCCUUCUGUCCUAGUAAAGACUCCUUGCUGUGCUCUA